AUGACUGCAGUGAUCUUUCAAAGCGGCUUCAGAUUUCAACAAUUUUUGAGAGCCACAGUCUCUGCUUAUCGACAGCGUGUCUACCACGAGAUCGUAACUUCUUUAAAUCGUGAUAGUCCAAUUCUAGUCUUUAACUUUAUAUCCAUCUAUGGAUUAAGGCACCAACACGAAAUGCAGCUUCCGAUUUUAACACUGGUAGUUGAAAGGAUUAAACGCCUGAGUGCAUGUGUAACUGUUGGAAAUAGUAAAGGAUUCCGUAGUAGUCAAAGAUUGUAG